AUGGCGCCCUUGACCAGUUCAGCCAUCAACAAGGGCAAGAAGUUCGCUCCAAAGGCUGCCGUCGCCCGUCGUCGCCCUGCUCAACCCGCCGGCCAGCCUGCCGCUCAGUCCGCUACUCAGCCCGCUGCUCACCCAGUCGAAGCUACGCCUGCCUCUGAGCCCACUCCAUCUUCCACCAAUCUCGAUGCCAGUGCUGGCGCAUCACAACCAGAGUCCACCUCGACUCAACCCGACCAACAACAUGUUCCGACUACUCCCCUCCCUACUCCUCCUGCAACUCAGCAAUCUCCAGUAACCCGCCCGCCUCCUGCCGUCGCUCAACAAGCUGCAAGACAACCCACUCCUCCACCACCGGCUUCUCUCCCUCAACUUUUGGAGCCGUCGCCGCUCUCUCUCGCCCGGUCCGAUGUCUCGCUGCAAAAACCCGCGACAUCUCUCCCCACCGCCAGCCCUGCUCCAACUUCACAGACCAUAGUCGGAUCCACUCCUCCCGUCACCCACCCGGAACCACAUCAAUCCGAUUCUUCUACCGACCAUGUCUCUUCCCGUCAACAAUCGGAAUUCGUGCCGCCUUCUCCGACUCAAUUGGCUGGCCAGAAGCGAAAGCGUCCUACGCCUCCACCUUCCGCACCUUCCCAGCAGUCGACAGCUGAGCAGGCCACACAGCCCAUGGCCGAUCAACAUGCUCUCCCUACUGUCGAAGCAGAUCACGAAGCUGCUCUGAUAAACUCCCUGAUUAAUCACCAAGAACAAUCGAGAGCUCCUGUAGCCCAGAUGCUGCCACCCGCCAACUCGAGUGCCUCGGCUCCCAAACCUCGCGCAAAGCGACAGAGGAAGAACGCUGCUACUCAACCUUCCGAAGAGGCGGCAGACCCUUCUCAGGCUGUCAGCGGAGCCCGAGAGGACAAUACAGAUGCGGCAGCUGUUGCGAAGCUAAAGAAGCCUAGAGCCUCAAGAGCGAAACGCGCACCAAAAUCGGCCGCAACAGUCGUGGAAGAUGAGAAUGGAAAUAUAGUGGAGACACAGGAACCAGCUGCUCGCCCUACGCCCAAGCCAAGGCAGCCCCGCCAAAAGAAGAAGCAAGCACAGCAGGUCGAAGGGCAGGAUGGUGAACCAGGCGAAGAUGACCCCGUAGAGGACCCGGAGAACCACGAGAUUGAUGUCACUGAAACAACCAUGUUCGAGCUCACCAAAGACAGAGGCUUGGGCAAAGUAUCAGAAAGAGAGACCAAAAUGGCCGCCAUAGACUGGGACGAGGUACACAGGAAAAGAGUGGCAGAGGCAGAAGCUAUUCGAGCAGGCAUUGACCCUGCAACCCUCAACAACAAUACACGACCAGUCGAGAACGCCGAGGGUGGAGAGGGCGCAGAAGGCGAGCCUAGCGCAGAGACACCCCAAGCACCACCAGCCGUUGUAACAGGACCUCGACUUCGCAUAGAUGCCGAAGGAAACCUGGUGGUAGAUGAAGAAAGUUUGCGCAUCGAUCGACAAGCACAAGCCGAGCGCAACGCCGAAAACCUGAUCGUAACGGAAAAUGAUGACUUGACCAAGCGUGUGAACCAGAUGAGCUGGAUCAACGAACGCCGACGCGAUCCCACUGAUCGUGUGCCUUUCUUCAAAAUGAAGUCGGAUCCGUGGAGCGAUGAGGAGACAGACCGUUUCUACGAAGCGCUUCGCAUGUUUGGCACCGACUUCUUCAUCAUCUCGAAGAUGUUCCCGCCGAAAACUCGCCGUCAGAUCAAGCUAAAGUUCAUUCGCGAAGAACGCCUCGACGCCGAUCGUGUCAAUCGAGUUCUAGCCGGCGAAGCAGUUCCCAUGAAUCUGGAAUCAUUCGCAGAAGCCACUGGACAGGAACUCGGAGGCUUCAAGGAUCCACGCGAAUUGGAAGAAGAAUUGAGAGUCGAGGGUGAAGAGCAACGCGUGGAAAUCGCUCGCAAGAAGAAGGAAAUGGAAGAGGCAAAGGAGCAGCGAGACAUCCAAAUGGCGGCCAGAGAAAAGGACCAGGAAGAGCGUGCAGCUCAGAGACGCGAGAAGGCCGCCAUGCGCCAGAACAAGCGCAGAGGUAUCUUCGGCAAUGGCACCUUUUGA